AUGCAUUCUUCCGACGACAACACCUUUUCUCGGCACGGUCACCACGCUCUCGAGCCCCUCAUGGCUACGUCGCGCGACCAGCCGAAUCCGCUGCGCCCUUACUACAUACCGCCGUCCAUCGGCCUGCCCAGCGACCCUGUUCCCAAUGCCGCCCCGCGCGCAUCGCCCUCGGCCAAGCCGUCUGCGUCACCACCGAAGCCGAGCUUCGGCUCCCAGGCCCGCGACAUCCUGAGCGACCUCGACUAUGGCGUCGACAUCAGUUUGGGCGAUGGCAGCCCCACCGUGGCCGAGAUGGCCAAGAAGCUGCUCGAUCAGGCCGUUUGGAAUUACACUUCGGUGCUCUUCGCGCAGCCCUUCGAGGUCGCCAAAACGGUGCUGCAAUUGCACUCGCCGCAGUCGGACCAACAGCGAGGCCUGCUGGACCCUGAGGAUGCACGAAAACGUGCAGCCGCUUCGGCCCGUGCCCGCUACAACGAGUACCUCUCCGACUCGGACUCCGCCGAUGACUCUCCUUCAUACUUCUCCUCUACCGCUCCUCGCUCAAACCUCUCGACCGCCUCGCGCUCCGACUCGCGGUCCCCGCACCCCCGUCCUUCGUCUCGUGCAGCUCCGCCGAGACAACCACUAUCACAUCCCUACAAGCUUGAUCUAAAGCGCUCCGAUUCGCUACUCGAGGUUCUCUCCCAGCUAUGGACCAAAGAAGGCGCUUGGGGUGUGUGGAAGGGCACAAACUCGACCUUUGUUUACAAUUUCCUACUCAAGACCCUUGAGACUUGGGUGCGGAGUUUGCUGUCCGCUCUUCUCAAUGUGCCCGACCCGGGUCUCUUGGGCGGCUAUGGAGUUGGCGGAGGCGGCCUGGACGUCGUGGAUAGCCCGAACCCCAUCACCAGCUUGGCUGUUGCUGUUGCCGCAGCGGGCAUCACAGGCCUCGUGCUGGCCCCACUUGACAUGGUCCGCACGCGGCUUCUUGUGACGCCAUCCACCGCCGGACCCCGCCAUGUCUUCCCAAAUCUCCGCGCUCUGCCUACGCUUAGCGUCCCCGCACCUCUUCUUCCCAUCACGCUUCUGCACUCUACGAUUCCAACCUUUAUCUCCGCCUCAACCCCGCUCUUCCUCCGCUCCUCUCUGCACAUCGAUCCUGUCCUAACACCCGCAACCUACUCCGUCUGUACCUUCCUUUCCUCCGCCACCGAGCUUUUCGUCAAGCUGCCCCUCGAGACGGUUCUCCGCCGCGGCCAAGCAGCCGUCCUCACCGAGCACGCCGCGCGCCAGGCCAACUUCUCCGCCCACAGCUCUUUCCGCUCGCAAUCCUCCAGCAGGCAGUCUCGCUCGCGCAGCCCGAUGAAGCAUACCCAGGGCCCGCCCGAGCCCGAACCCCUUCCUACCGUCGUCGACGUCGGACCGUACCGCGGCGUGCUGGGCACCAUGUGGUACAUUGUGCGCGACGAGGGCAGCACCGGGCCGGGCCCCGGAGCACCGCCCGUUGCGCGCACCACCGCCGCUGGCGUCGUCAGGUACCAGCAGCAGAAGCAGAGCAAGGGCCAGGGCGCGGCUGGGCUUGUGCGUGGCUGGAGGGUCGGAUUUUGGGGUCUUGUUGGCGUGUGGGGUGCGGCUAUGCUUGGAGGAAGUGGUGGUGGUGAGUUCUAA